CCAAUACCCGCAUGGUUUAAGGAGGGUUUAGAGGCGGCCGGCUAUUCUGCACCCGCCCAAAUAACAGUUCAUUUCUGCCGCCGUUCUGAUGAAUUUAUGUAAGCAAUCGCGGGCUCGCUUCGAGUCUUUGACCCAAUAGCGUUCAACCCAGUUUCACUUCAUCACUGAUUUCUUUCGCGCAUUUCUUCAAGCAUUUUGAAUGUCCCACACCAAAGCCCCCAUUUCUCUCAGCGUAAAAUUCGAUCGCUUCAUUGAUAAACCCUCGGCCAAAGCCUUAAACCUCUCUAGUUAUUCUCCCGCUAUUAUGUGGAGAAACAUAGCCAAACAAAUCUCUUCCAAAGCGUUACAGAAGCAGAACCUUUCUCUCAACCCAAGGAGUCGUUACAAUCGUACUUCCAGCUUUCUUAGCUUUCCCCAAGGUUCAAAUUUCCCUGAGAAAUUAGUACAGUUUAGCCCUUUUGAUCCCGUGCCUUGCUCCAAUAAUGGCUCUACGGAAUUUGGCUUUCGGAAAUUUGGCGAAUUUUUGCCUCGGGACGAGUUUUUGAGCAGACCAGUUUUGCACAGUAUGAUGAGCUCAGUGUGCCUCGGUGGAUUUUCCUGGAAGAGUUAUGCUAGUGUAGCUGAAGCUGUUGAGGUUUCGUCCAGUGAAGCUGAAGAAAAUGUGUCUGUAACUGAUGAGGUUGAGGAAUUGUUGGCGGAGAUGAGAAGAGAAGAGAAGAAACAGUUUCAUUGUGAGUGGCGGAAGCGGCAGAGGGUUUCUAGAGGAAUGGGGAGAUGGAAGUAUCAAGCCCUUAAGAGAAGGCAGACAAAGAUUGAGACUGAGGCAUGGGAGAAAGCUGCUAAGGAGUAUAAGGAACUUUUGGAAGAUAUGUGUGCUCAGAAGUUGGCACCUAAUUUGCCAUACAUGAAAUCACUUUUUCUAGGGUGGUUUGAGCCUUUGCAUAACAAAAUUGCAGAAGAACAGGAGCUUUAUCUGGCUGGGAAAACAAAAGCGAACUAUUUUAAAUACUUUAAUCAGUUACCUGCAGAUAUGGUGGCAGUUGUCACAAUGCAUAAGUUGAUGGGAUUAUUAAUGGCUGGAGUUGAAUUUGGCACCGGAAAGGUGGUGCAUAUUGCAUGUGCUAUAGGAGACGCAAUUGAACAGGAGGUUAGGAUACAUAAAAUUUUGGAGAAAACAAGGCAGAGUAAAGCUAAUAAAGAUGCAAAAAUGGGAGGAGAAGAGCAUGAAGGUGUUACGGAAGGCAAAGAGAAACUACAGAAAAAAGUAGCUAAUUUGAUAAAGAAACAAAAUCUACGAGCAGUGAGACGAAUAGUGGGAGGUCAGGAUGCUUUCAAGCCAUGGGGUCAAGAUGCUAAGGCUAAGGUUGGAAGCCAUCUGAUUGAAUUGGUUUUGCAAACAGCCUAUAUACAGCCUCCAGCCGAUCAAUUAGCUGAUGGUCCACCAGAUGUUCGACCUGCUUUCAUUCAUACAUUUAGGACUGUCACUAAUCAAACAAAGGGUGGUAGCAGAAGAUAUGGUGUUAUCCAAUGCGACCCUUUGGUCCUUAAAGGUCUUGAAAAAACUGCCAGGCACAUGGUAAUUCCUUAUAUGCCAAUGCUAGUGCCUCCAAUCAAGUGGAAAGGUUAUGACAAGGGUGCACACCUUUAUUUGCCUUCAUAUGUCAUGCGGACACAUGGAGCAAGACAGCAAAGAGAAGCUGUCAAGAGAGCCCCUAGGAAGCAGUUAGAACCUGUAUUUGAGGCACUGGAUACACUUGGAAGUACGAGAUGGAGGAUAAACAAGACAGUACUCUCUGUUGUUGAUAGAAUAUGGGCUAGUGGUGGGCGUCUUGCUGAUUUAGUUGACCGUGAUGAUAUCCCUUUGCCAGAAGAACCAGAUACAGAAGAUGAGACAGUACUUAAAAAGUGGAAAUGGAAAGUUAAAGCUGUCAAGAAAGAGAACAGAGAAAGGCAUUCACAGCGAUGUGAUAUAGAGCUCAAACUUGCUGUAGCACACAAUAUGAAAGAUGAAGAAGGUUUCUUUUACCCCCACAAUCUUGAUUUCCGUGGACGCGCAUACCCUAUGCAUCCACACCUUAACCAUCUGGGUUCUGAUAUCUGUCGGGGAAUCCUAGAGUUUGCUGAAGGACGUCCUCUUGGAAAGUCAGGCUUGCGUUGGUUGAAGAUACAUUUGGCUAAUUUAUAUGCUGGUGGUGUGGAGAAAUUAUCUCUUGAAGGUCGACUAGCCUUUACUGAAAAUCACAUGGAUGAUAUAUUUGAUUCAGCUGACAGACCACUUGAGGGAAAACGCUGGUGGUUGAAAGCAGAGGAUCCAUUCCAGCUUUUAGCUGUAUGCAUUAAUCUCUCCGAAGCCUUGAGAAGCUCAUCUCCAGAGAUGACCAUUUCACAUGUUCCUGUGCACCAGGAUGGCUCUUGCAAUGGGCUGCAGCAUUAUGCUGCUCUUGGAAGAGAUAAGUUAGGAGCAGUUUCUGUCAAUCUGGUAGCAGGAGAAAAGCCUGCGGAUGUUUACUCAGGCAUAGCAGCCAGAGUUCUUGAUAUCAUGAAGAGAGAUGCACAGAGAGAUCCUGCUGAAUUUCCAGAUGCACUGCGCGCUAGGGUUCUUGUUAAUCUGGUGGAUAGAAAAUUGGUGAAGCAAACAGUGAUGACAUCAGUUUAUGGUGUCACAUAUAUUGGUGCUCGAGAUCAGAUUAAGAGAAAAUUGAAGGAGCGUGGGGCAAUUGAUGAUGAGUCUGAGCUUUUUGGUGCAGCCUGUUAUGGUGCAAAAGUCACAUUGACUGCACUAGGGGAGAUGUUUCAAGCUGCACGCAGUAUCAUGAGCUGGCUUGGAGAGUGUGCAAAGGUCAUUGCUUCUGAAAACCAUCCAGUUCGAUGGACAACUCCUCUUGGACUUCCAGUUGUGCAGCCUUACCGCAAGAUUGGAAGGCACCUUGUUAAGACUUCUCUUCAGGUGUUAACUUUGCAGCGAGAAACAGAAAAGGUUAUGGUCAAGAGGCAGAGAACUGCUUUUCCUCCAAAUUUUGUUCAUUCUCUUGAUGGUUCACAUAUGAUGAUGACCGCAGUUGCCUGCAAAAGAGCAGGCUUGAGAUUUGCAGGAGUUCAUGACUCGUACUGGACACAUGCUUGUGAUGUGGAUGAGAUGAACAUGAUACUACGAGAGAAAUUUGUUGAGCUUUAUGAAAAGCCUAUCCUAGAAAAUUUACUGGAGAGCUUUGAACAGUCUUUCCCUAUGCUAUCUUUUCCACCAUUGCCUGAACGAGGGGACUUCGAUUUGAAAGAUGUCCUUGAAUCCACAUAUUUCUUCAAUUGAUUACACAGUAGGACUCGAUGUGAAAUUCGAUUUUACUGCUAAGCAAGGCUCGUGCAACGUGCUUCUCGAGUGCCAGAACCAGGCCACGGCCUGAGAUGCUUGGUACUUCUACAUUCUUGGAGGCGCCUAGGAUCGUGGUCUGUUUAUAUGUGAGCUGACAAAGGCAAUAAUCUUGACCUUGCUUUCAGUUUUAUGGCCAGCUUUGUUGGGCAGACAUCUCAGGUAUACACGUGGAAUAGUGAGGAUACUAUACUAUCUACAUAAAUGUGAAAUUUUGUCUAGAUAAGAAAAGAUGGCUAUCCUUCCAAUCAAUUCAAUCUGGAGAUCUGCCUUCAGUUCCAACCUUCCAAGCCUGCAACUGAAAUGCACCUCUCUAGCUUUCUGCUGUAAAUGGUUUUAUGUAAAGGUGUUUUCUCUUUACCAUCCUAUAGUGCAGUUACUUGCAGACCAAUAAUUUGGUAUUAGAGGCUUUUGUGUCUUUUUUUGAAAUACAUGUAUUAGAGCCUUAAAGGUAUGUAUAGUUGGGUCAAAAUACCUAUGAGUUGUAUUGGUCAUAGUACGUAUGAGGUCUUUGUACUAUAGUGUUUUAUUCAAUUUAGCCAUUCUACUUUAAUAUUGUU